ACUUCUAGCUUUCCAAAAGCUGAAUCUAGAUGGCUCUUCUUCAUAGCUGUAAAAUUUGCCUAACCAAUUUUGUCACCCAACAAACCAAGUCUCUUGUGCUGUCCUGCUCUCAUCCUAUUUGUGAGCUUUGUAUUAAGUCAAUAUGCAUUGAUCAGUCAGUUGUUUGCCCAGUUUGUUGGAAAAUGACCCAGUUGCAAAAUAACAUAGGAAGUCCACUUUAUUCAAGUAACACAAACAGUCUUCCUGCUCAGACAAGAUCAACAACAAUGCUUGACAACAAUCUGACUUCAAGACAUGUUCCGAUUCAAUUGGAGAAGAAAAUAAGAAAUAAAAAAGAGGAAAUUCCACUAAUAAGCAUUAAGAAUGGUGAUUACAGGGUUCCUGGGCUGACAGAGAUUUCAGAUAAAAGAAUUGAGCACACAGUUGAAAAUCUUAAUACCUUUUGCGAAGAAGUAAUCUAUCAUGAUAACAGUGAGCUUUUCAAGCAAAAGAAAAAUAGUAACCCAGUUCAGAUAGAAAUAGUAAAUGAAAAGCUCAGGUUAAAGUUUCCAAAACAAGAGUACCAUCUGCCUUUGAGGAGCCUCAAUAAAGAGCUGAAUCCUCCCAAAUCUGAUUUCAAAAGCAAGCCAAAAAAUCACUACAGUGAAAAAGGACUGGGUGAAAUGAAAACUCGAUGUGCAGAAAAAGACGAUAACUUAAGCUCCACUAAGAACACGUCAAUUGAAGAAAAUGAGAAAGGCUCUAAUGCACUAAUCACUAUUCUGCCCCUUGAGAAAAAGAACUUUUUCGUACCGAAAUUUGGUGCCAAUACAAUUCUAUCGAAACAUUAUCGAGUGAGAAUUAUGGCGGUCUUUGAUCCACACAGGCUGUAUAUCCAAAUCGUAGAUGAUGACCUUAGACGCCUGAGUUUGCUCAGUAAACAAUUGCAGUUGCAAUUCGAACCACUUUCAAGGAUCGCCUUGAAAAUAUCAGCAAUUAAAAAUCCAGUAGAAGGUUGUGCCUGCGCUAUACUGUAUGAUGGGAUUUGGCAACGAGGAAUGGUGAAAAGUCAGAUUAGGUCUACAACUACUCUACAAAAUGUCGAAGUCAUGCUAGUUGACACCGGCUUUUGCUGUCGAGUGCCUCUCCAACAUAUCCAACCUCUUCACACAAUUUUUCUAGAAUUACCAGCACAAGCUUUGUGUUGUAAACUCGGUGAUAUUCUUCAGUUUGAACUACGGGAUAACAGUAACCAGCCUCUGGAAAACAUGGACCGCUACUGGCCCUCUCAUGUCCUGAAUUUGAUCAAAAGAAAAACAGACAAAAUGGCGGAAAUUUCCGUACUUGAUUUUGUUUCUGGUGGUGUCGGAAGCACGUCCACAACUUUCGAGGCUACAUUAUUGGUUAAGAUGAUCGUUGACGGCGAGCUCACGAGCGUCAACGAGCAAAUUGAUUGUGCGACUUCGAAAGCUCUUUCAGCCAAGGAUAUACAGCAGAGCAAUAAAUUGGUUCUACAAACUGUUACUAAUGUUCCUGCAAAUACCCGGAGGAGAAGAGCGAAAAAACCUAAUAAAAUUCCAGUCCCUGUGAAGCACUUUGACUCACCAAUGGACUCCAAAGUGUGCAGUGACAUUCGCGUAACAGUAAGAACGGCUUCUCCAUCAGGAGGCACGUUCAAUAACUCUUACCCAUCCACGUCGAUCAGUCGUCACUCUGACACUAGCUGUCACAAGAAAAGAGAUGUAGAACAGAAAAGCCCAACAUUACGCAUGGGCAUAUGGACUUACUCAGAUCCUAAAACAGCGUUGCCUCAUUGCUUUGAUGGUGUCGUCACUUGGGUUGACGACAAUGGCGGGUUAUACGUGCACGAUUGUAAAUGGUCGACACAGUUGUCUCUUAUUCGAGACACACUGAAUGCGACCUUCAGUCAGCCUAAACCCAUUGAAGAUGAUGUUCGAUAUCAGCCGGAGGAUGCUUGUCUAGCCAAGUAUGAAAGCAAUUGGUAUCGAGCUAUUAUCAGAGCCGUCAACAAGAAACAAAACACUGCAACGGUGUUUUUCGUUGACUACGGUGCAACAGGAGAUGUUGAGCUCUGUCAUAUUCGAGUUCACACGGUAUUGACUCAGAUACCGGUUCAGACCUUCCGCUGCUUCUUACACAACCUCAUACCUAUGGCGACAGAGGAAUUUGAUGUUAAUGCCAACUGGCCGGAUGCUGCGAUUGGUUAUUUCCACGCUACAGCAAUCAAUCAAGCAUUUAGAAUGAGCGUCAAAUGCUAUUCCCCACUGCGCAUUGCAAUGCGAUUUCUUAAAAACGCAAUGGAUUUGACUGAUGUUAUGGUAACAGCUCAGUUGGGCGAGUACAUCAAUCAGUCGUGAACACGACAUCAAGGAAACAGUAGGAAAAGUUCACACUUACCUGCGAGGUAUACGUUCUGAUUUUAGAGAAAUAUUGUUUAAGCCGUUCAUGAAAGUAACCCAUUCUUAUGUUCCUGUUUUUGUUGCGUUUUAUUUUCCCAAUCUCAUUUUAUGGUUAACGUCUUAUUCCCUAAUGAUUGAGUUAUUUCACGAACCAUUUUCCUUUUAAUUUUUGUCGAAUAACAUUAAUGACUAUCCAGAAGUAAUUAAUCGGGCAGAUGGAAGCUACUGUUCAACGUACACUAUUAUUCACGUUCCAAGUGUUUGAUUUUCGCGUUGCUUACCAAUUACUUCCAGAGAACAAUGUAAUAACGAUUUGGUCUUGGUAA